AGUACAGGCAGUUGAAUUUCUAGGGCGUCCAUUUGUCCAGUGACGACACGAAACCACCCAUUGGAUAGCCGUUCAUUCGCUCUCUCCCUGUCUCUCCCAGUCUCCACCACUGUGAUUCACCGUCAUUCGUGAAUCGAGUUGACAAUUUCGUUGUUAUAUUUUUUAAUAAAUAUUAUUAUUUAUCAUAAAGUUAUUUAUUAAAUAUAAAAAAGUGAUAGUAAUUGACUUGAUUAAUCAAUAAUAAAUUUAAAAAAUUUAUAUUUACAAGAAAUGUCACUAUGAAUAUCUACAUUUUUAUUGGAUAUUUAUUAACGGCAAUUGUCGUACCAAUUACAACAGCAUAUGAUUAUGAUUGUAAUGAUGCAUUGUUGGACAGAGCACAUUUGAAAGCAACAUCAUAUAUGAAAGACAGAGAACCAACAGAUGCUGUUCUUAAUGGCGAAAAAGCUUGGACAGCAAGUACCAAUGACAAAAAUCAGUACUUGAUAAUAGACCUGGGUCAAGUCAUGAAUAUUUCAAUGAUUGCGACACAAGGUCGUGAAAAUUAUGGAGAAUAUGUUAUGGAAUAUUCCAUCAGCUAUGGAACUAAUAAUCUUGAUUAUGUUGAUUACAAAGAAGAAGAGGGCAACACAAAGAUGUUCAAAGGUAAUAUAAAUGCUGACAAAAUAAAAUUGAAUCGUUUUGAUGUGCCUAUAAUAGCUCAAUGGAUAAGAAUAAAUCCGACACGCUGGCGAGACAGAAUAUCCAUGAGGGUUGAACUUUAUGGAUGUAAUUAUGAAUCUGAUGUGAUAAAUUUUAAUGGUACAUCUCUUGUACGAAUGGAUCUUUUACGUGAACCAAUUGAGACUUAUCAUCAUUCAAUACGUUUUCGUUUCAAGACAAAUAAUGCUGAUGGUGUAUUAAUGUAUUCACGUGGUACACAGGGUGAUUUUAUUGCUUUACAAUUACGUGAUAAUCGUAUGUUACUAAAUAUUGAUCUUGGUUCAAAAACAACAACAAGUUUUUCUGUUGGUAGUUUACUUGAUGACAAUAUGUGGCAUGAUGUAUUAAUAUCAAGAAAUCGUAAAGAUAUAAAUUUUUCAGUUGAUCGUGUACUUGUUAAAGGUAAAAUAAUUGGUGAAUUUCAUCGUUUAGAUUUAAAUCGUGCAUUAUAUAUUGGUGGUGUACCAAAUAUACAAGAUGGUCUUAAAGUAACACAAAAUUUUACUGGUUGUAUUGAAAAUUUUUUUUUAAAUCAAACAAGUUUAUUUAAAAGUAUGAUUGAUGCUGAUGCUACUGGUGAAAAUUUACAAUAUCAUCGUGUUAAUACAAUAUAUGCAUGUCCACAACCACAAAUGAUACCAGUUACAUUUUUAACAACAAAAACUCAUGCAAUAUUAAAAGCAUAUAAUGAAGGUUCACCAACAAUGAAUGUAUCACUUGCAUUUCGUACAUAUGAAGAACGUGGAUUAAUUGUAUAUCAUAAAUUUACAUCAUUAACAAGUCAAGAUUAUAUAAAAUUAUUUUUAGAAAAUGGUAAAAUUAAAAUACAAAUUAAAACAGAUAAUGAAAAAGCCGUAAUACUUGAUAAUUUUGAUGAGAAAUUUAAUGAUGGUAAAUGGCAUCAAAUAAUAUUAACAGUAUCAAAAAAUAGUAUAAUAUUAAAUGUUGAUAGUAGACCAAUGCGUACAAAACGUAUAUUAAAUAUAUCAACUGGUUCAGUAUAUUUAAUUGGUGGUGGUAUAUUUGGUGAAUCAAGUAAUACUGGUUUUGUUGGUUGUAUGAGAGCAAUUAGAAUUGAAGGUAAUGAACGUUUUCCAACUGAUUGGAAAGAUGAAGAUUAUUGUUGUAAAAAUGAAAUAGUAUUUGAUGCAUGUCAAAUGCUUGAUAGAUGUAAUCCAAAUCCAUGUAAACAUGAUGGUAUUUGUGGACAAAAUUCAUAUGAAUUUUAUUGUGAUUGUUCAAAUACUGGUUAUACUGGUGCUGUAUGUCAUACAUCAUUAAAUUCAUUAUCAUGUGAAGCAUAUAAAAAUAUGAAUCCAGUUAAUCAACGUGCUGAUAUUAAAAUUGAUGUUGAUGGUAGUGGUCCAUUAGAGCCAUUUCCAGUAACAUGUGAAUUUUAUGCUGAUGGUAGAGUUAUGACUGUUGUUAGACAUAGCAAUGAAUUAUCAACACCAGUUGAUGGUUUUGAUGAACCUGGUAGUUUUAUACAAGACAUUAAUUAUGAUGCUAAUUUUGAUCAAAUUGAAGCUCUAUUAAAUAGAUCAACAACAUGUAGACAACGUAUUAAUUAUGCAUGUAAACAUUCAAAGUUAUUUAAUACACCAGUUAAUCAAAUGGAUUUAUUUAGACCAAAUUCAUGGUGGAUAAGUAGAAAUAAUCAAAAAAUGGAUUAUUGGGGUGGUGCAUUACCUGGUUCAAGAAAAUGUGAAUGUGGUGUACUUGGUAAUUGUGCUGAUCCAACAAAAUGGUGUAAUUGUGAUUCUGAUCUUGAGGGAUGGUUUGAAGAUGGUGGUGAUAUUACAGAAAAAGAAUAUUUACCAGUACGUCAAUUACGUCUUGGUGAUACUGGUACACCAUUGGAUGAAAAAGAAGGUAGAUAUACAUUGGGAUCACUUAUUUGUGAGGGUGAUGAUUUAUUUAAAAAUGUCGUUACAUUUCGUGUAUCUGAUGCAACAAUUAAUUUACCCACAUUUGAUAUGGGACACAGUGGUGAUAUUUAUUUUGAAUUUAAAACAACAAUGCCUGAUGCUGUUAUUAUAAAUAGUAAAGGACCAACUGAUUAUAUUAAAAUAUCAAUAACAAGUGGUAAUCAGUUACAAUUUCAAUAUCAAGCUGGUGAUGGUCCAUUAACUGUUAAUUUACAAACAUCAUAUAUGCUUACUGAUAAUAAUUGGCAUUCAGUAUCUGUUGAAAGAAAUCGUAAACAAGCACGUGUUGUACUUGAUGGUGCAUUAAAAAGUGAAUUAAAAGAACCACCAGGUCCAGUACGUGCAUUACAUUUAACAUCUGAUUUUGUUGUUGGUGCAACAACUGAUUAUCGUGAUGGUUUUGUUGGUUGUAUUAGAGCAUUAUUAUUAAAUGGUAAACAACAAGAUUUAAGAACUUAUGCAAGACGUGGUAUUUAUGGUGUUAGUGAAAAUUGUAUUGGUAAAUGUGAAAGUAAUCCAUGUUUAAAUAAUGGUACUUGUCAUGAAAAGUAUGAUGGUUAUAGUUGUGAUUGUAGAUGGACAGCAUUUAAAGGACCAAUUUGUGCUGAUGAAAUUGGUGUUAAUAUGGGACAAAAUUCAAUGAUUAAAUAUGAUUUUAGUGGUAGUUGGAGAUCAACAAUAUCAGAAAAAAUACGUGUUGGUUUUACAACAACAAAUCCACGUGGUUUUUUACUUGGUUUUUUUUCAAAUGUAUCUGGUGAAUAUUUAACAAUAAUGGUAUCAAAUAGUGGCUCAUUACGUGUUGUAUUUGAUUUUGGUUUUGAAAGACAAGAAGUUAUAUUAUCAAUGAAACAUUUUGGCUUGGGACAAUAUCAUGAUUUACGUUUUAGUAGAAAAAAUUCUGGUGCAACAAUGGUAUUACAAGUUGAUGAUAAUCAACCAAAAGAAUUUAAUUUUGAUAUUAAAGCAUCAGCUGAUGCACAAUUUAAUAAUAUACAAUAUAUGUAUAUUGGAAAAAAUGAAACAAUGACUGAAGGUUUUGUUGGUUGUAUAUCAAGAGUUGAAUUUGAUGAUAUUUAUCCAUUAAAAUUAUUAUUUCAACAAAAUGGUCCUGGUAAUGUUAGAUCAUUGGGUGCACCAUUAACUGAAGAUUUUUGUGGUGUUGAACCAGUAACACAUCCACCAGAUAUACCAGAAACACGUCCACCAAUUGAUUUAGAUGAAGAUAAAUUACGUGCAGCAUACAAUGAAACAGAUACAGCAUUAUUAGGUGGUGUGUUAGCUUUUAUUAUUAUUGCAUUAAUUAUCAUGGCAAUACUUAUUGGACGUUAUCAAUCAAGACACAAAGGCGAAUAUCUUACACAAGAAGACAAAGGUGCAGAAAUGGCAUUGGAUCCUGAUUCUGCUGUUGUUCAUUCAACAACUGGUCAUCAAGUUCAAAAGAAAAAAGAAUGGUUUAUUUAAAUUUUAUUACCAAAAUAUUCCAGCUUUGGUCUUAUUUGGCCAAAGUUAUCUUCAAUUUUUUAUUUCAUUCAAUUAUUAUAAAGCCUAAUUUAUCAUAUAACUAAAUAAUAUCUAAGAUUUAUUAUUAUUAUUAUACAAAUAUUUUUUUUAUUAAUUUGAUAAUGUUUUUUUUUUAAUAGUAGAUUAUUUUAUAAUCAGAAAAAAAUAAUUUAAUAUAUCAAUAAUACCGGUGACUCCAAAAAAAAAAAAAAAAAAGACAAAAUCGAAUGAUGGAAAUUUUUUAUUUACAAAUGAAUGAUUUUUAAAUUAAUUAAAAAAUUAUUAUCAAUUUAAUUUAAUUUUUUUUUUAGAUAUUAUAUAAGAAAAGAAAAAAUUGUUUUUUUUUUUUUUUUAAAUUAUAAUCUCAGUAUUAGAAUGUAAUUUUUUACCGUCCAAAAACAGCAUUUUAUUUUUUGUUUUUUUUUUUUUUCUUAAUUUUAUUAAUUUUAUAUUUUUUAAGUAAUGAUUUAUGUAUUUUUUAAAAAAUUAUUAUUAUUAUUUUUUAAUUUUUCAAAUCCAUCCUUUGAAUCUCUGCCGUAAUCGAUUAAAUAUAUAUAAGCACUGCAAAAAUAAUCAAUACAAAUGUCAAAAAAAAAAAAUCGAAAAAACGAAACAAAAAAAAAUCUGUAUAUAGAUGAAUUUUUUAAUGAUGGAAAAUUUGUAAUUUUAUACAACUGCAAGAUUUCCAAGUGUCUCAAUUAA